AACGUUUGACGUCUAUUAGUAGGUAAAGACAAAUAACUGCUUUAAGAUCUGUGUAGCUGUGUAAGAAUCGGACGCGCUGUGGUGGUUUCUGAUGGACAGAAGGGGCGGGGAGAGGAAACGUGGUUCCCAGCUCGCGGUGGCUUAUGGGAGAACAUGGCUGCUGAGCCGUGGAAUAAGAUAGAUGUACCCCGUCCCGGGGCCGUCUCCACUGUCCGUAUCCCUUUCACAGAACACACAGGCGACCUCGUUAAAUGUUUUCUGGAGGAGUGUGCCGGGGUGCUGAAGGUGCUGCAGAGCGACAUCCUCCACACCGAGAUCAUGGUGCUUUACUCGGUGCUUUAUGUGACGAACAACCCGCUCCGACAACACAAGCCUUUCAGAGCCAUAAAACAGGUUGAACGUUGCCUAAACCGGCUGAAGGAGAUGAAACUGACCGCAGCGCUCCUGGAAGCGGAGGCCAUGUGUCCAACGGAAUCUCAGAGACAGGUGUCGUCCCAGACGGGCCAGUGUGAAGUGCCCAGUCAGCCCACACUGGAAUGGCUAAGCCUGAAAGUUCUGGGAGCCAGUAAGCUACUGGCCUGCCUGCUGGACUGCUCCAUCAAGGCCUUCUCAAUGACGAGGCAGCACCUUUUCUGGGCAGAAUACAUCGUCCUCAACGUUGUUUUGAGCUCCAUGCUCAGCCGCCUGUGGGUGUUCUUCCAGGGCGUCUUGAGGAACCUGGAUCCUCUGUACCGGGCGGUGCGUGCCCUGCUGCAGGACGUGUGCCAGGCCUGCCCUAUGCCCUCCUUGAGCGGCUUUGUCCUCCCGGAGGAUGUCCCGGCUUUUCUUGGGCCCUCGUGUUGGGCCCAAAUAGAGGCGGGGCUUCCCGCGACCGCCACUAGGAGUAAGAAGGGGGCCAGCAUGGGGAGCCGGGUGCCGGUGCAGGUGGACCCCAAGGCUGAGAAGAGCGGCAUGGAGGAUCUUGGGAGUUUGUUUUUCCAGAGAGGCCCCAGCGCAGUUGUAGGUGACGCCGCCAGGUUUGAUGUGAAGGCUCUGCUCAGACGAGGGAGUGGAAACAGGAAUGCUGCUCAGCUUGCCGGGUCUCCUCCAAGGCCUGGAGGCGACACCACCUUGGUGUGGCAGAAACGGAGGCUGAUGAAGCAGCUGGCGGCAGCAUCCUGCUCCUCCGACAUGGCCGCCCGUCUGACGGAGGCAGCCGCGUGGUGCCGGCACAGGAGGCUGCGGAGGGAGAGCUGCCGGCUGAAGCUCCUCAGGCUGACCUGCGGGAGGCUCCGCUUCCUGGAGGAGAGAGGCUUCAGAGUGGAGGGCAAGCUGAUGGCUCUCAGAAGGGCGUGUCGAAAAGCCUUAUUCCUCCCUCCUCCCGUCGUUUGCCGGCCAUCCAGCACCCCCUGCAGGCGGAGGAGGAACUCGCGCCUGAGGGCCGGGUUCCCGUCUGCGAGGUGGCGCCGCUGGUCUCAGAAACGGGGCAGACGAGUCACACCGGGGACGCCAUCUGUGGCGAGUAAGGCGUACGCUGAGGCGGGAGGAGGAGUAGGAGGAGGAGUAGGAGGAGGAGAGGAAAGCAAGGAGGGAGACGCGGUGGCGGGAGGCAGCAAGGCCGACGCAGACCCCAGUCUGGGCAACGGCGGCGAGAUCGAUGACAUUUUUGCCUCGUUAGGAUUCUAAUCAGGGCCAGCUGUGAGGAUGCGGCGCCCCGUCAGCAUUGGGGCAUGCCACUGGUCGCCCUGGCAUGCAGGGAAGCGGGUGCCGCCUGUUACUUCUGGGAAUCGGCACUGGGCUGGUUGCCCUGGGCAACUGCAUACUGUGUAUGUUUCCCCACUGUACUUUGCACACACUAAGCCUCCCCCCUUUGAUACAUUAACACUUUAAAUCUUUAGAUUGCUUAUAUAUAAAAACCAGUACAAUCGAUGUUUGUCUGAAUCAUAAACAUUCUAAAAAUAGAAUGUUUUUUUUUUUUUAUUAAAGAACUGAAACAUCUGCCUUAAAUAGUUGUUAAAUAAGGAUAAUAAUUUACAGGAUGUCAUGGGGGGAAAUAACAUUUUGUAGAAGAAAAUACAGAAAUACAAUAAGAAUUCUUACUGUGGUAUGGAUUACUCUGCAUACGGUGUCUGUUUCCCCAAUGGACUUCGUACACUCAGACCCCCCUGCCCACCCCCUGUAGCCGCAUGCAGCAGAGGGGUCCUUCACUUGUGCCAGCAGCCAAGGCGCGGUCUGUAUCCUGUGACCAGCUGCCGGUGCACCUUCCACAGCAGUAAUGAGUAGGGGGACAGAUGGCCGUGCAGAUUCUGGUAUUUCAGUACGACUCAGACAGUGUGUCUGAAGACUAACUUGGAUUCUCAUCCAGCCACACCGACAGAUGAUGAUCAUGCCACAGUUACACAGUUAGUGUAACAGCAGCAGUUUUUAUUGAUUACCAUCAUACCAGUUGAAGGAGAAUAUUAAAUAUAGAAUAUCAAGCAUACAGUCAACUGUUCACAACAAAUUUAUUCUUCUGUACUUUGGAUAUAUUAACACAUUAAAUUAAAUUGCUUCUUUGUAAAAACCA